UUCGGUUUUGGGUUUCGGUUUCAGUUCGCUUGUGGACGUGCGUGCGGCAAGAACCUGCUGGAAAAGCCUCGGAACGGACCUGGUUAAUGGCCAACGGUUUUGGCUACUGACUCCUGGUAACUGGCUAGUGUGGCGGACAGGCGGCAGGAUCUGUGGCUUGCUGCGAAUGUGUCAGUAUGUCAGCGCCGCGUUUGUGGGUGUGUGUGAGUGUGUGGAUGUGAGACAGUGUCCUUGGGCGGACUAACAGGUUCCCCGUCUUCCCACGUGUUAAAGUGCGGCCAAAAGUUGUUCGUGCUAAAACAAAAAAAUACGAUAAAAAGUCUCAAAUCUGCUGUCGCCUCUGAUUUGAGCUGAAAGUUUGCCUUAAGGAUUAAAAAAGCCAUCUUGGACUAGUCAUAGUCAAAGGACAACGAGGUGCCGUGGGCCAAAAGCGGAUAAGGACGAUGGAAAGUGAAGCAAGGCGGUGCUAAAACCAUAAACGAAAGAGAACAAACUUAGCUCUUAGUGCUGAAGAACCAGGAAACCAGGAACCAGGUGAAAGUGCAUCCUGCGCCCAAGUCUAAUUAAAAGGAAUUGCGCCGCGGGUAGAGAUUGCUCAUACGCCGUGUGGAUCGCGAGUGCUUUAGUGUCCGUAUAUACCUACAUAAUAACAUAUGAGUGUGGCAGCAUUUUGUACCUAAUCCAAAGCAUACAACUCCUGAAAGCCAUUCGAAAGGUGUUCCAAGAUUUUGUUCGAUUUGCUGGCGGGCCGUCGAAGAAUUAGUUUGGCAUGCGGCUGCUGUUGCCACAACUGUUGCAUGCAACAUGGAUGGCGAAAAUCGGAUCAUACUCAAUGUGGGCGGAAUAAGAUAUGAAACCUACAAGGCAACGCUCAAGAAAAUCCCCGCAACACGUCUAUCCCGACUGACCGAAGCCCUGGCCAACUACGAUCCGGUGCUCAAUGAAUACUUUUUUGAUCGGCACCCCGGGGUCUUCACCCAAAUCCUCAACUAUUACAGAACUGGAAAACUGCACUAUCCAACUGACGUGUGUGGCCCGCUUUUCGAGGAGGAACUGGAGUUCUGGGGACUCGACUCAAAUCAGGUAGAACCAUGCUGUUGGUCAACAUAUAGCAUACAUCGCGAUACGCAAAACACCUUAGCCAUAUUAGAUAAGCUAGAUAUUGAAAAUGAGAAGCCCACGGAGGAGCAGAUAGCCCGACUAUUUGGCUUUGAGGAGGCACUGAGCAACGGCGAGCUUAACUGCUGGCAGCGUAUAAAACCCAAGAUCUGGGCCAUGUUCGAUGAGCCCUCCAGCUCCACGGGUGCCAAGAUCGUUGCUGGCAUGUCGGUUUUCUUUAUAUUUGUUUCUGUGAUAUCCUUCUGCCUGAAGACCCAUCCCGGCUUUCGUGUCGAUCUGCCCUCCGGAGUCCACGAUGCCCACGGGCCAGGAACGGGUGGUCCUCCGCACGGACACGAUCCCAUGGGUGAGCCACCGCAGACCCAUCAGUACCAUCAGCACAGCAUCACGCCGCCCAGCGGCAGCAUCGGACCCACCUUUCGUGUCACGAACUACACGAGCUACAGCAGCGGCAACUUUACCGCUCCCGGCCAAGCCACGCCCAUCGCCACCAUCAAGGGCGGCCAGCGUCAGCGACUGAAACGGAAUAUCAACGGCAGUAUCCUGAACGAGUUCAUCGAAGAGAAGAUAUUGGGCCACAAUGGGAGGAGAAAACACGGCUGGAUUGAGACCUAUGGUCAGCCGCACGAGGCCUUCUUCUACGUGGAACUGGUGUGCAACGUGUGGUUCUUCAUCGAGGUCAUCAUCAGGCUGAUUGUCUCCCCUAAUUUGUGGCAGUUCAUCAAGUCGCCGGUGAAUAUCAUUGAUUUUACGGCCACUCUGAGCUUUUACACGGACGUAAUGCAGCGCAUGGGUGAAUAUACGGGUCUUCUGGAGGCCUUCUCCAUCGUAAGGAUUAUGCGGCUGUUCAAGCUGACUCGUCAUUCACCCGGCCUGAGAAUCCUCAUCCACACGUUCAAGGCUUCGGCCAAGGAGCUUACUCUGCUGGUAUUCUUCCUCGUCCUGGGCAUUGUGUUCUUCGCCAGCUUGGCCUACUAUGCGGAGAAGUUGCAGGACAAUCCGGACAACCAGUUCAAGAGCAUCCCGUUGGGACUGUGGUGGGCCAUCGUGACCAUGACCACCGUGGGAUAUGGCGAUGUGGCGCCCAAGACCUAUCCGGGCAUGUUCGUGGGCGCCCUCUGUGCCCUGGCCGGUGUGCUGACCAUCGCCCUGCCCGUGCCCGUCAUCGUUAGCAACUUCUCCAUGUUCUACUCCCACACACAGGCUCGCUCUAAGCUUCCCAAGAAGCGGCGACGUGUCCUGCCCGUGGAGCAGCCGCGUCGCAAGAGGGAGCCAACUGCUCCGCAUCGCGGAAGGACGAACGCCAUCAAGCAGACGCCACCCACUGGACCAGGACUGGUGGCCGGUGGCGUGGGUCCAGUGGGAGCGGGAGGGGCGGGACUCGGUGGCCAUGCGGUGGGUCAUCCUGCUGCGGGGGUGCCAAUGUUUAAGGACGCCUUCGGCGGAGCCAAAAUCGGCACCGUGAACGUGAACGGCGUCAAUGUCAUUGGCCUGCAUCCUGCGCAAAGGACGACGACCACGACCACGAUGGCGAUGGCGAUGAAUGAGGCGGAUCCGACGCCGCUGUCGGCGUUGACCUACCAAGUGCCUAUGCUCCAACCCACGCCCCCGCCCGCCCACAGUCACGGCCACGCCCAUGGCCACGCCCACGGCCUUGGCCCCGCGUCAUCGACGGCGAUGACGUCAUCGGCGUCGCUUACAGGCUCAGCUGCCUCAGCAGCCGUUGCCACAGCCGCCGCAGCCGCCCCCGCCGGUCCCUCGUUCAUCAGUUCGGACUACUUGAGCGUGCCGGCGGUGCAGAGCCUCCAGCCGCGGGCGGCGACGACUGGCCACGACUUCAUGCUGCCGCUCCAGCCAAAACUUCUGGGCCCCCUGGAACGCAAGGAUCAGCAUCCGCUGCAACUGACUGCCCACAAUUUGGCCUCGGACACGCACCAGCUGAUGUACUCCGGCCACGCCCACUCGCAGCACAAGGUGGGCGGUGGGGCAGCGGUGCUGAAUGUGCCGCCCACGCUGAGCAUGUCACACACCCAGAUGCCACCCGGCAUCGCCAGCAUGGGUCAGCGGACGCCCAAUCUGAGUUUCCGGGCCGCUCACGGGGCGUCGUCCCAGGUGGCCACUCUUCAGCAGCCCAUUCCACACGCCCACGCCUGCCACGCCUCCUCGAACUGCAACAUCAAGAUUUCGGUUGCCUCCGCCGCCGGCCUCUCAAUGGGAUGUCCGGAUGAGUUUCGGACUCCCAAGGUGACGCUGCUGGACGAUCUCAGCGAUGAUGUCAACUCCUCGACGGACGACUGCGGGGACUGUUGUCUGGUGGACGACAGCGAUACCUACGAGGGCACCACCAUCAACAAUGGUCCGAGUGGCCAGGAGAACGGAACGGAAGCCAUUCGGCUGGACGAGGGUCUUCUGGACAACGAUGUGCAGGAUGAGGAGGAGGACGGCGAGGGCAGCGGCGUGGGUGGAGACAGCGGCGAUAGUCUCGGCGGUAUCUACAUUGGUCCCAGGCAUUGAUUGCCGGACAUUGUAUGGGAUUUUCGCAACUAAAACGGACUUACCAACUUCUGACAGUACUGCCUAAAACAGCUCCAAAACUGCGGUAAAAGUAAGCAAAAGGAGGUUAAGGAUUUAAGUUGGAAAAUUCGAAGAGUAUGUGUAAUGUGUAUGAAUGGUUUAAUGCAGUGUGCUAUCGUAACUGCUGAAUGCAACUUUAUCUGGCUUAAAAGGAACACAAAUUCUUUGCAAAAUUCUUAGAAACUUUAAGGCCAAGGUCAAUCAUGCACAAGCCCUUGCCCAAUUUCAUUGUCAUUGGUCACUCAAACUUUCAGUAGCUCUAAUACUAUUACUUUAAUCAGUUUCAGCCAUUGCAAAUAUUCCAAAGCACUUUAUUUCCAUAAUCUUUUUAAGUAAUAUAUAAUUAAGGAUUAAGAUUAGCAAAGUUAGCUAUGUUUUUCAAAUGUCCACUCAAGAAAAACUAUUUGAAAAAUCGCGUUCUCAAAUGUUAUACAUUACCAGAGAUUUUAAUGCUAUAAAAGUCGUAACAAAGAAAGAAUUUCAUAUGCUUAUUUCAAAGUUUUCGAGAAGACGAUUGUGAGGAAUAAAAUAUGUUAGGUUCCCAGAUCACUGCCUGUACAUUUGUAAACUUUUCAAGUUAAAUUUAACGCCACUGAGAUAAUUAUCCAUUAAUUUAAAGAUGGGACACAUACUUUCGCAACCAUUUAUCAGCACUUUUAAUCAAUCUUUGUCCUCUACUCACGCCAUCCUAUAAACAACAUUCCUUGUCCGGCCAAGACAAACAUCCGUAACAUUUGUAUCAGUGUCCUUAUAACUGUCAUGUUGACAACUGUCAUUGGCAGCGUGCAUGGAGGAUUGUUUGCCUGAGUGUGCGUGUGUGUGUGUGUGCAGCCGGGCACGUCCUGGCAAGGUCCUGCAAACAAAGGAGUAGUGAGUCUGCGAAUGGACGGAGGUCAGAAGAGAAGUUGCCCGCAUACAAGGCAAACAUAUCGUCCACAUAAAUGCGACCACUUGUGUGCAGCCAGUCAGAGAUAGAGCACCACCCACUUUCCAUUUCCCAAGCACUCCCAUUUUCCUGUCCCGUCAAGGUGUUUAUUGUGCAAAUCUUGGGGCAAAAAUUGCAUGGCCAACUAUAAAUUCCCACACUUGACUCUCACGCUCCGUUUCGUUUGCCGGAUCAGACCCUGAAUCAUGGCCAAAAGUGUCAUCGGGCUUGUUUAUCUGACACAUUGACUGCCACCAUUUCAAUGAACUGGCGGACAAAAACUGUGUCGACAAGACGCACACAAAAGGCGACGACAGCCAAAAACUAAAACGGCAACGACAUUCGUGUCCUUGCUGUCCUGACCCAUCCCAAACCAUAGCAAAUCAGAUCCUUAGAGCCACCCACUUUCACCCACCACGAUGGCGGCUUGUGUGGUUGACCUUGUAAGUAGUUUUUUGCGGAUCGCUGUGUCAAGUUUUCACUCUUCGACAUUUAGUUUCAUAAAUGUUAAUUGAUUUAUGCAUGGAAGCUGAAGAAUGAAAAAGCCGAACGCAAGGAAGUGUAAAUAUUUGGGCAUGACGGUCAAGAACUAACCAAAUGUAAACGAAACCGAACAUAAGGAAGGACAGUAGCAAACAUAUUUGACUUUAAAUAAGGUUCAAUGGUAAUUUUUGGUCCAAUAUUUAUAGUUUUUGAUGUGCUAACAAAAUGAUUAACAAAAUGACGAACAAUUUUGAUUCAGAUUCUCAUGUAAACCAAAGAUCGUUGUAAGUCUAGGUGGAAAAUAGAUGGAAAUGUAGAUUUUAAUAGAUAUCAUGCCCAUGCAAAAAAGGUGAGGGAUGUGAUUGCAAUUAGUCAGUAAAGUAAAAUCCGCUGGUCUGAAUGUGCGUCGUUCUAAAUUUAAUCUUUAUUACCUAGCUAAUCUCAGAUAAAAAGUUAAAUAAUUGCCUAAUUGUUGUGUAAGGGUAUUCCCGGAUUCGGCUUGCCGAUUACACCUUUUUUCUCAUUAACAUAUGGAUUCAUUACUUUACAUUGUAUAAGAGAAAUGUUGCUUUAAAUACCGUUCAAGUUAAAAAAACACAUAUUUUCUUAUAUUACGAAGCGAAAAUUCGGUAUUGGAAAAAUUCGCAAAAGAGUAUAUAAAUGUGUAUUGUUAAUUCGUAAACCACUUUUUAACUAAAGGUUACAUUUAAAUACUUUUACAUAAUCUUAAUUGAGAACGGAAAUGAAUCUUUUGAUAUAAAAGAUACUGCUGCGAACCAGUGCUCGUGGAAAUAAAAUUGUUUCAAUAGGAAUAUAGUUAGUUUAAAAAACACAAGUGAGAUACUAAAAUAAUAUUAAACUUUUGCCUAGCAAAUAACUAAGUUUAGACCGGUCAAUGCAGAAAGAAAAAACAUUGCAUACAGAAAAUGAUUAAAGAAAUAAAUCCUUUUGAAAGAAAUCACCCACCAUAGACAGGAAACAAGAGCCCGGCUGAAAGUAAAUUAAAAGAAUUUUGAAUGCAUAAUCUGUGUGUAUAUAGAUAAUCUGAAGAAUAACCUAAAUUUCAUUAGUUAAAUGUCGAGAGCAGUGAAAAAAUAUUUCUACAAUAUUUACUGUAAGUAAAGUGUCAAGAACAAAAUGGAAACCAAAACUGUUUACAAGCAAAGCGAAUUUUAAAAUGUUAAAAAAAUGAGAUGCGGAAAAGUAAACGAUAAAUAAACAAAAAAAAAAUGUGGUGUGCAAAGAACAAAAAAUUAAAUUUUAACAAAAAUAAAAAUUCUUUGAAAAAGCACUUAAUAUUUCAAUGAUUUCUACACAAAAACCCAUCAUCAUCACCAACACCACACGUUUUUCAGCCAAACCAAAACACGUACCGCAUUUUAUGCUAAUCAAACCGAGACGAGAGGAAAAUUCAAUUUUGCCACCGCCCAAACAUAAGCCACGGCCAGGAUUUUUAAUUUAAAAGGGCCAGCACGAGGUCCUUUCCCACAAACGCAAUCCCAGAGCAAAUGCGAGUGCGAAUCCCGAGUCCCGACUCCCACUCACAUUUCAUUUGGUUGGGCCAUAAACAGAGGAUCAGCUUCGAGGCCGCCCUCAUAAGGCCAUUUAGGUUGAAAUUUAUGCUUGCCACCUCUGCAGUAAAAUGGGCCAAAAAACACGGCCAAAAAAUACCAGCGCGCCCUUAGAAAUGGGAAACUGCAAGUGAUGGCGUCUAAUAUAGACACUUAACCACUUACAACCAGGCCAACUCAUACACACACACACACACACACACACACUCCCUCGCACGAUUUUGAUACACGUACACGCAGUUGGCACAUCAAAGCGCAAAUCCAUUAGGCCUUAAGCGGGAACCAGGUGCCGAACUAUGCGGGCGGAAAUCCAGUUUAUGAAAGCUGGCUGGAUGCUCUGCUGCAUUGUUUAGAAGGGGUAAGAACUUGGAACAAGAGUCACUAGAAAUAAACUAAGAUUUUUGCAUAA